AUGAAGCGUGCUCGGGCAUACUCUGUAGACAAUCGUAUUCCGAACGCAGAGAGACUGUUGGACCUCUGUACUGAAAGUUUUGGAUGUGACGGUAGUGUGGUGGAUAUGAUUGCUAGCGAGGGCAUUGAUACGGAUGUUCCUAUGCAACAGUCCCGAACACCACUCAUGGGAGCAAUGUUGAACCGGAAUUUUGAGAUUGCCUCAGCUCUCAUCCAGCACGGCGCUAAUAUCCACGCCAUGUGGACACCGAUAUAUCCCGAUUCGCCUAACAAACGGCAUCCUGAUGUGAAUAUUCUAUUCGAGUAUCUCACAACCAAUCUAGAUACAGCCUUGGCCCCUCUGAGGUAUCUACUCGAACCACUACACUCGAGACCUGACUCAGUUCCAUCAUUCAUCGUGGUUCCCAGCGAGAGGAUGACUGCCUUGCACAUAGCUUGCAAGGAGGGGAACCCACUCAUUGUUGAGUAUCUCCUCAGCAGAUUCGGCACGUCCUACCACCUCAAUUUUAUAAAUGAAGGAGGACUCACACCGUUGCACUUUACGGCUGAAGGCGCAGUCAAAAGUCGGAAACUGGCUGAGAAUCGAGCCAAAAAGUAG